AGUCUUCUGCCGAUAGUCCCAGAUUGCGCAACCUGCACUGAGGCGGGAAAUGACUCAUUUCCAGCUGAGGGCUUCCUUAAUAAAAGGAGAGGCUCUCCUCCUCAGCACUAUAUUCAAACAGCAGAGCGAGAAGGCUGAACAAGAAAAAGAUAAGGAGAGAAAGAACUACAUAGAAGAACAAUUCAACAGAAUAAAAAGAUCCUUCUUCACCUUCAGGCUUCAUCAGACAGCUUUCUCAAAGACUUUCCAAAUCUUUAUUGUUAAUUGUUGCAGAAUUUAUAAAAGGAAAAAUGAUGAGCAGCAGAGUCAUUUUCACCUCUAUUGUGGUGCUCCUCGCCUUCCUGGCCGCCAGUGAAGGGAUGAGUCUGAGAAGUCUGGGAGUGGAGCUGCACUGCCGCUGCAUCGAGACAGAAAGCAAACGCAUCGGCCGUCACAUCAAGAGUGUUCAGCUGAUUUCUGCCAACUCCCACUGUGAAAACACUGAGAUCAUUGCCACUCUGAAGAAGACAGGUCAAGAGGUUUGCCUGGACCCCAACGCUACCUGGGUGAAGAAAGUGAUUAUCCACAUGAUGGCCAAUAAAAAACGCUAAACCGACUGCUCGGAGAGAUGGGCCAAUGGCGCUUAAAGACAAAUGAGAAGUUACCAAAAAGUAUUUUUUGCCCUCAGUUACUUCCUUUCAACAGCAGAGUGCCUCUGAAUGUCCUGAUCAGGUGUUAAAUUAUGUAACGAAGGUAACUUCGUUACUAUGGACUGACGGCUUUGGGCCCUUGUAAUAUUGCACAUGUGGGUUUGCACUUUAUGUACUCUUUUGGUCGAUUCUUUCACUGGAAAUCCAGCCGCUAAAGGUAAAUGGUAAAUGGACUGUACUUAUAUAGCGCUUUAUCCAGUCUUUAAGACCCCUCAAAGGGUCGCUGUCUCACAAAUGACCACAGAAUUUAGCCAGCGUAUGUUUGUAUCAAACAUGUUAUUUAUUAAUCAGUGUGGGAUUGUUUGAUUGAGACUUGGCUGCUCCUCACUGCAAAACUGCAGAACUGUUGUUUUGUAUAUAACUUAUAUUAUUGCAAAUAUUGAUAUAUUUAUGGAAUUUUAUUUCAUUUUCAUUAAGCUGUGUAGCUCUAACAACCAAUUGAUAAUUAAAUAUUUUG